AUGAGUACCAUUACCAGACCUAUUACAGCAUUAAUGUACCCAAGAGGUACAUGCAAAGCGCAAACUUUUUAUUUUCGUGGUGAUGACAUUCAUAAGGAGCCAGAAUUUUUAGAUAACGAAUAUCGUUCUGCCAAAAUUCAAUUUGAUAGGCUUAAAAUAGAAUUAGAAGCAGAAAAACAAGAAUACGAAAAGAUUCAAGCCGAACUAGAAAAAAGAGAAGGCUAUACAGUUACUUUGGCUUCAGCAUUAGGUGAUGAAUCCCACCAAACAGAAGAAAACGCAAAAUUACGCCAACAAAUCAUUCAACUCCAAGAAGAAAUCGAUAAAUUUGACGCAGAAAUUGCAGAAGCAAAAGAACAGCAACAUCCAGGUUUAUUAGCCCAAUUACAAAAGGAGAGAGCUUUCUAUAAUGCCGAAAUAGAAGAUCUCAGAAUCGCCAUAUUUACAGGAAUUGAUAACAUUAGAAGAGAUAAAGAGGAAAUUGCAAAUUUGGUUCAAUCUGAUGAAUAUACUUCUUCAAGCAUGGUAAAGAGUGAUAGAAUGGCAUUCCAAAGAUUUUAUAAUCAACUUAGACAAAAGAUGGAUAAGCAAUUUGCAGAAUUUAGUGCAAAACAAUCAGAAGAAGCUAGAAAACGCCAAGCAAGAGGAAAAUUGCCAUCUCCUCUUGAAUCUUUAUGCUACCAAAGAUCAGACGCAAUUCUUGAAAAAGAGGAAGUUCUAAGAAAUAAAGAUUUCGCGGAACUUAGAAAGAAAUUAACAGCUCAAGUACUUCUUGAUCAAAUUGAAACAAUGAACCAAGCAAUUAUAGCUUUGGGCGGUGAACCUACAGAGACAGAAUCACUAAAGGAGCAAUACGCUCCACCACCACCUCAAUCUUCAACAGAAAGAUCGAGAGAUGUGCCCCAAGAAAAGACACAAACCAGACCAGCUACAAGAUCAAUGCAAAGAACUUAUAAGGACAUUCCUAAACCAAGAGCAAGAACAUCGAUGUUAUCCUCGAAGAAGUAA